AUGACUUUCCAAACCACCCAGAACACCUCCCCCUGGAAGUGCGACUCAUGCGGUCUGCCCGGCGUCCGCGUCUCAACAGGCUCCGCCCGCAACAGUCCCGCACACUACAAGUGCGUGCCCUGCAAUCGCUCUCUGGGCCUCUGCCCCUGCACAACGCCCGGCGCCUACACCACAUCCACAUGUCCCUGCAGCCAGAGCGACGCCGGCUCACCGGGUCUCGACGAGGUGCCGCGCGGAGUCUCGAUGCUGGCGCCGCGGAAGGGCUCGCUGAACCCUCACAACCCGGAUACCGGCUUCGAUGAGGACUGGGAGGCUAACUGCAAGCCUGGGUAUAUGGUUUCGCGAUUCAAGGCUGAGGGUCAUGAGUUGUUGUGGCAUUGA